AUGACGUGCUCAGGGCACUCGGUUUCCCAGAAGGCUCAGCGACAGCUGGAGCGUGGCCUCUUGCCGGGUUUCUCCGGGGGCCAGAGCCCACCUUGGGGACCAGCACUAGCUGUCCAAGGUCCGGCUUUUUUUCCACAACCAGUAAGCGACACUAGCGAAUGUAAUGAGAUGUCAAGCCUGUUAGAUAGUGUCUUGUGGAUGGCAGCUCCAAAGAAAAGGCGCACCAUUGAAGUGAACCGCUGCAGGCGAAGAAAUCCCAAUAAACUUAUAAAAGUAAAGAGGAACAUAGAUGUUUGUCCUGAGUGUGGAAACUUGAAACAGAAACAUGUCCUUUGUGGCUAUUGUUACGCAAAGGUCAAAGCAGAAACUCGACUGAUAAGGAUGGAAAUACAUAAAAAGGAAGGAGGACCGUUUAAUGCUCCAACUGUAGAGACUGUUGUCCUUUAUGAGGGAGAAAAGCCCACAGAAAAAGAUGAAGGCAAGCGGAUCAUUGAAAGAGCCAGGAAGCGUCCAUCUUGGUUUGUUCAAAAUUGA